AUGGACCCGUUCCUCCAGGCUGCGAUUGACGAGGCCAAGCUGGGACUGAGUGAGGGUGGCAUCCCCAUUGGCUCCGUACUCGUGAUCGAUGGCAAGAUCGUUGCGCGAGGUCACAACCGCCGCGUACAGCGUGGUAGUGCCGUGCUACACGCCGAGAUGGAUUGCCUCGAGAACGCUGGACGCCUCAGCUCCGCCGACUACGCGCGUGCCACACUCUACUCCACGCUGAGUCCGUGCGAUAUGUGCAGCGGCGCCGUGCUGCUCUACAAGAUCCCGACAGUCAUCGUAGGCGAGAACAAGACUUUCCAGGGCCCUGAAGCGUACGUACGCUCGCGAGGCGUGGACGUCAAGCUGCUACAGGACAAAACGUGCAUCAAACUCAUGGAGGACUUUAUCCGCGACAAGCCGCAGCUCUGGAACGAGGACAUCGGUGUCUAA